AUGGCUAACUGUAUGGUUUUUCACACUCAAAUAGCCUCCAUCAUGGAGGUGCUAGCGAAUGCAGCAGUGGCAGAGAUCUGUAAAAUCGUAGACGACGACUAUGCAGUGUUUCGUUUGGAAAUUUCUCAAAGCCAGAAAGAAAACAGGGGAUUGCGGAGGAAGCUACAGCUAUUGGAACUAAAGGUGUCACGGGAGCGCGCAGAGAGGACAAUUCGAGAGCGCGUCCUCGCCAGUCGUCCCAGUAGUGUCAAGAUCCUCGACCGAUACAGAGGAAUGGCAAGAGGUGAAGGACAUCUUACUGGAGGCCACAGGGGCUUUGUGAAGCCAGCGGGACACAACGCGUGGAGAGAUGACCAACCCAUAUCUAUAGAUGAGGGUUGUGGAACCUCAACCCAGCAUGUUAUCGUAAUAGAGUCUGCAGAUGCAGAUGCUGCAGGUCCUGGAGAAUCGUCUCUUGUCAAGCAGGAGAGGACUGAAGGAGAUGACCCACGACAUAGCAGAGACAUCCAGACUGGCGUAGUGGCUGGAGUGGUGCCCCCUUUAGCCACGGAGGACCCCGCUGCCCCGCCUAAGAACCGAUGCAGCAUCAUGGAGGAAGAGGAGGGUCCAGAGGUGCUGCUGCUGAAGGAGGAGGGGUGUGAGGAGGGUCUGAGGAACCCUGAGGGGACCAUGGUCAUGGAGGACAACCAGACUCCACCUCCUCCUGAACCCACAGAGGAACCAGCUGAGCAGCACAGGACCACACACAGUCUCACUGAGUCAGUAGACAUGGAGGAUGGGAAGCCUGAUCUGCUGCUGGUCAAAGAAGAGACAAUAAAGGACGGACCAGAGAGCAUUGACCUGCGGAGUGGACUAAAGAUGGGGGAGCAAGGUGGUUGGCUGGAGGCAAACAGAGGAGACUGGGCAGCCAUCUUGGAUUCCCAGACUCUGACCGGUGCAGCAAAGGGCCUAGGGGACAACAUCACUGAACAGGCCAGGACCAGAAGCGACAUAGUGGAGUCUGCAGUCCAUGAGGACUUGUUGAUGUCCAGUGUUGCAGGUGGGAGAGACUGGACCUCUGAGGUGGCUGGUCACAAAACAUGGCCCCGGAUCAGGAUCAUGGAUCAGGAGCCGCCGCUCUUCCUUCCUGAGUCGGAUCCGCGACAGAGAAUCCACCACCACACAGAACACAACCAGUGGACAGGUGGACUGAACAACCUCAGUCCUGGUGGUCAUCAGAGAGACCGAGGCUCCAGUCAGGGAUCCAGUCUGCAGUCCAGGCCCUUCUCUUCACAGUCUCAGUGCAGGGAUGAAGCAGGGCCUGGGGCUGAUAGAGAUGGACCCUCCUGUUCCUAUGAUACAAACACCACAGUAUCCAUGAUGAACAGAGCAGGUCACCCUGGGCUUCAGCCUUCAGAGAGAUUGGUGGGAGACUCACCUGAUGGGAAUCUAACAGGAAAUCUGUCUUCUCUUUCAGGGUCUCGUCUAAUGCCUGGUGACUGGGUUCAUAAAAGGCCUGGACCUGGGUCUAGUCUUCCUCAGCUACCUCAUCGUUACCCUACCAACACAGCACACAAUCCCAACAACACCCAAACAAUGGCUAGAGGUCAAGGAGGGAGCUCAAACACUAAACACAUGAGGGUGGUGGCUCCUGCUUCUACCUCCUCUGGUGUCAUUGGGUCACAAUGUGGGAGGCUGAGUAUUAGGACGGAUGCCGACAAGCCGUACGCCUGCCCCACAUGUGGGAAGCGCUUCGCUCAGGCGAAUUAUGUGAAGAUGCAUCAGACCGUUCACACCAAGGAGAAGCCCUUCAAGUGCAAACUAUGUUACAAGAGCUUCUCCUUCCUGACUAACCUUACCAGACAUAGGAGUGUCCACAAUGGGGAGAAAUCGUAGCAGUGUGGUUUUAGAUGUACACAGAGGAUAUCUGGGAACUAUUCUUUAGCUGACAUAUUAUCGCUAUCUUGUGAAGUGUCUUGGGGUAAGAUCUUUUUUUUUUUUAAGUACUCUAAGUUCCCUCAGUUCAGUGGCGACCCCAGACAUUUUUCAUAGGGGUGGCCAGAUGGGUCCACUGAAAAUAUUGGGGUGGCAGACCAAAACCAAAAGCCUUAACUGAAUUUCAGGAAUUCUAUUAUGCUGUUGUAGUAUAUAGGCAAGUUGAAAACGAUGUCAAAAUGAGCGUUAAAGAAUCGCAUACGGAUGUACUUUGGUUUCUUAUCUUACAGUUAAUGUUACUAUUUAUAUGAUUAACAUUUUGAGUUCCACAACAAUCCUGUUUUAAUAUUUCAUGUAUCUGUAUAUACAUGUGUUUUGGCGAUUCAUUGUUCGUCAAAUAGGCUUGUUGUCCUUUUCCUUAAAAAAAAAAGAAAAUAUACAGCUUUAAUUUGAA